UCGUAGAAUCAGAUCGAAGUUUAUCUUUAAAUAACUGCAGAAAAUACCGCUGAUUCCAUUCAAAAUUGUGCCCAACUAUGGAGGAAGUUCAACGCCACUCGGUUCACACGCUUGUGUUCCGUUCUUUGAAAAGAACGCACGAUUUUUUUGUAGCCAACCAAGCGUUGCUUCCGGAGAUUGAUGACCAACUGGAAAGGAUGAAAUAUUCUAUCAAAGCUCGCGAUUCAUAUGGGCUGAUAUUCGACCGUGCUGCAAAGGCUAAAAAUUCGGCAGUCAGACGAGGCGACAUCGGGAGAAUAGAUGUAACGCCAAAUCCAACGCAGGACCACAUGCUCGCGAUCACAGCCGGAGGUGAAGAGGAUCAAUCUGGAAAUACCCAAACUGCUCUUAUGUCAGCUACUAUACCGAGUACCCAGAGUUCCAAUUCCAACACCGUACAAAUAUUGCCUAAGAAGGCACCCACAAUUCCAAAGCCAAAGUGGCAUGCACCUUGGAAGUUGUGCCGUGUCAUUUCGGGUCACUUGGGAUGGGUGCGGUGCGUUGCUGUUGAACCUGGCAACGAAUGGUUUGCAACAGGAGCAGCGGACCGUGUUAUUAAAAUCUGGGAUUUGGCCAGUGGAAAGUUGAAACUCUCGCUCACGGGUCAUGUAAGUACCGUCCGUGGACUAUGCGUGAGUCCACGGCAUCCCUAUCUUUUCAGUUGCGGUGAAGAUCGACAGGUCAAGUGCUGGGAUUUGGAGUAUAAUAAAGUGAUUAGGCACUACCAUGGUCAUUUGUCGGCUGUGUACACUAUGGCGCUUCAUCCGACGAUAGAUGUCUUGAUAACGGCCGGACGAGAUUCGACGGCUCGUGUUUGGGAUAUGAGAACAAAAGCCAACAUUCACACCCUAGGCGGGCAUACCAACACAGUGGCGAGUGUGGUUUGUCAAGCGGUAAAUCCGCAGGUCAUAACUGGAAGUCACGACUCGACCGUACGUUUAUGGGACCUGGCUGCUGGUAAAAGCAUGAGCACAUUGACCAAUCACAAGAAAAGCGUCCGCAGCAUCGUGUUGCAUCCGUCGCUAUAUAUGUUUGCUUCUGCAUCGCCAGACAAUAUAAAACAGUGGCGUUGCCCGGAAGGAAACUUUAUUCAGAAUCUUAACGGACACAACUCGCUAGUAAAUGCGAUGGCAGUGAAUCCGGAAGGUGUUCUAGUGUCCGGUGGUGAUAACGGAACCAUGUUCUUCUGGGAUUGGCGUACGGGGUACAACUUCCAGCGUUUCCAGGCCGCAGUUCAACCGGGCUCGAUGGAUAGUGAGGCUGGUAUCUUUGCCAUGACAUUCGACAUGUCCGGAUCGAGACUCAUUACGACCGAAGCCGAUAAAACCAUCAAGAUAUACAAGGAGGACGACGAAGCAUCGGAAGAGUCGCACCCGGUCAAUUGGCGACCGGAGAUUAUCAAGCGAAGAAAGUAUUAAGCCGGAAGUGAUGGACCUG